GGCAUUGUCGUCAUUUCAAAAUUACCAUGAGUAACAGAAUACAUAUCCCAGCCUCAUCUUGGCGAUUUUGACCAAAAGAGAUAAUAUGAUUCGCAUAUACUUCAGGCGAUGCUAUUCCGAGCAUCUCGAUUAUCAUUUGUACUGACCGGACAGUGGUAUUUUGGGUGGUAUGGGAUCUUUGCUCAGAUGAGAUCCCGUUUUAUAUUCGAUUGGCGGGUCCCUUUAUCUCUCGUCAACUUAUAGAUAUUGUGCUGGAUUCGCAAAAUGGGAAAACUCCAGGACAAUCCCACGUGGCUGUGUUGCGAUUGCCGAUUGGCAGUAAUGACAACUAGACUGGAUACACAUUGUACAAACUGUGGUCGCCAACGAUGUGCCGAUUGCUCGGUCUUCCUUUAUAAAACCCUACAGCGGCCCUCGGCGUCAAGCUCAUCGAACGUUUCUGAACCCUUAAGUACGAAACCGGACUUAUUGCAAAAGGGGGAACCCCCAGUAACUUGUGUGGAGAGCUCUAAAAAUGGCCGCGUUGACUAUGGCGAUGAUCAUAAGCAACUCAAGCAGGAUUCUAACCUUGAGGAGAAAACGCCCGUCAAAUCAAAAAAAGAACCACCAAAUGAGACAAUACGUUCAUUAGAACUGUUAGAAGUCUUAGGGAUCGGGAUCGAUUCCGAACCAGAGGUUCUCGAAAUGGUCCCUUUAUCCCCCGAAGAAGGUCUAGUAUAUGCGGCAAGUGUAUCGGAAACAGAUGAGUCCGAGCAGGAUGAAGAAAUCCACGACUAUCAAGCCAUAGGGAACUCACCAAUCCCCGGUUCACAUUACUAUUUAAAUCAUUCUACAUCUCUGAUGAUAUCACGAUGGCUAGAAUCCUUGCAGGGUGAUCCUAACUACGAGGUAAUUGCCCAGGUCUGUGAGGGUAUCCUGCAAGAAGCUUCUGGUAGGGAGACUACUACAACUCGGAAUGCAACGGCCCCAAAUAACUCAACGGGGAAUUAUCAAACGAACAGGCUUCCGCAGAAACGAAAAGCAUCAGAUUUAGAGGGCAAUGAUGACGAGAAUUCUGCAACGCCAUCUGUUGCGACUGAGGAGUCACCCACAGGAAACCGGCAGAAGCCGAAAUAUGCUUGUCAUUUCUUGAAGAUGAACCAACAUUUAUAUACAGAGUGCAGACGUACGGGUUAUGGCCAAGUAUGUCACUUAGCGGAACAUUUGCGUAAAGCUCAUCGCUUGAAGGAACACUCAUGCCGGAUUUGUUGGCGAUCAUUCGACAACUCUGAAGCUUUAAGGAGCCAUCAGACCGAUGCUAGUGAAAAUAACUGCCGGGAAACAGGGGGGACACCAAUCGAGAGAAUAAAAAUAUCGAAAGCACGAACUGGCGACUUCAAGAAAUGGUUUUGGAUAUGGGAAAAGCUCUUUCCGAAUUUUCAGAAACCCGAAUCCCCGUACUGGGAGCCAUUCGGUCACGACGAGCAACUGUUUUCGAGUUUGAGACAGUUUUUUAAUUCCGAACUUUCGUCGGCCCUUCCACCUGAGAACCUACAAGCUGUCAUGACCACAUUGACGAGAUUCCGUGAGAACUGGGUGACAAAUCCCCCAGAGCCACGACAAUUCGCGCCACUUCCGACCCCAGCGGCUACGCAAGCCACUGAUGAUGCCACAAAUAUUCACACGGAGCCGAGUAGACAUAGCCCGCAAGACCCCCUGGGCAUCGGCACCGACCCCUUGCCAUUGAGCGAUGAGGUAGUGUUAGAUGGUAAUGAUCCUAGCUUAAGAACUCAAGAGGACGCCGAAAGUGCAGCAGCCGAGGAAAUUUUAAUUGCUGAAACGUCGCCAGCUUCCGCCAUGAAUUUUGAUAUAUGGGUCCCUUCAUAUGAUGACGGUCUAUACGAAUUUGACGCACCGAAUCUCGACCUAGGCGACCUGGAUCAUUUUGACUGGCAAAUACCGGAUAAGACGGCAGUUCUUGUGCCGGUGAACCCUUAG